GAUCCAGUCUCCUGAACAUGCGCAGUCGGUGUAAACAGGAAGAAUCUGCGGAAACUAGGGCUAAUCUAAAAGACUAGUAGAGAUAUUCACAGGAACAAAUAUAUACUUUAUUAAUCGUAAAUGUAUUUUUUGUUGUUGCGCACAAGUAUGUCAACAAAUAUGCAAUAUGACAUAAUAUUAUUCUAAAUUAAGUAUUUUUGCACAGCGGAAGGCAGCAUUGCUAGCAACGUUAGCCAACGAGCAAGCUAACGUUACCUAUUCAUAUUUUGACAGAUUGGUAACUGAAGCUAGCUAACAUCUAGCUGUCGUUUCGUUUUACUAGAAACUUGUUUGCGUGAAUCUAAUUUGGACGGACAAGUCGAACAAUAUUUAUUGUGUUCUGCGGCCUGUGAGCAUAUCCUCCAAUUCCUCGCUAUCACCGGAGUUUCAGAUCAGAUUCCCCUCUGGUUCAAUUUUUUUUCUUCCUCUCAACCCUGUCUGGUGCUAGCUACGAGAACAGACCGUCUGUAGAAAUGGUUCAGAAAGACACACCGGUGGUGGAUACGUCUCAAGCGGAGACUGAAGCGAGCCCAUGUUCGGGGCCAUCUAAGGCUGGUUCCGAAGCAUCUGGCCUCGUGGAAGAACCGAUAAACAUAGAGGUGGAGCUGUCGGGCCGCAGGAAAUUCAUCAGUGGAGUCGUGGAGGGCUUCUACGGCCGGCCAUGGACAAUGGAACAAAGGAAAGAGCUGUUCAGGAGACAGCAGAAAUGGGGCUUGAACACAUACCUCUACGCUCCUAAAGAUGACUACAAGCACAGGAUGUUCUGGAGAGAGAUGUACUCAGUAGAAGAAGCAGAACAGCUGAUUACCCUGAUCAGUGCUGCAAAGGAGUAUGGGAUUGAGUUCAUCUAUGCCAUCUCCCCGGGCCUCGACAUCACCUUCUCCAACCAGAAAGAAGUGUCCACACUCAAAAGGAAACUCGACCAGGUGACUCACUUUGGCUGCAAGUCAUUUGCCUUACUGUUUGACGACAUUGACCACAACAUGUGCCCCGCCGACAAGGAAGUGUUCAGCUCCUUCGCCCAUGCCCAGGUGUCCAUCACCAACGAGAUCUUUCAGUACCUGGGAGAACCUGAGACCUUUCUCUUCUGCCCCACAGAGUACUGUGGAACAUUCUGCUACCCCAAUGUUGCCCAGUCCCCCUACCUGCACACAGUAGGAGAGAAGCUGCUGCCUGGUAUUGAAGUGCUGUGGACAGGUCCUAAGGUGGUAUCGAAAGACAUCACAGUGGAAUCAAUAGAGGAGGUCUCUAAGAUCCUGAAGAGAGCUCCGGUAAUCUGGGACAACAUCCAUGCCAACGACUACGACCAGAAGCGUCUGUUCCUGGGGCCGUACAAGGGGCGCUCCACGGAGCUCAUCCCCCGCCUCAAGGGGGUUCUCACCAACCCCAACUGUGAGUUCGAGUCCAACUUCGUAGCCAUCCACACCCUGGCCACCUGGUACAAGUCCAACAUGAACGGAGUGCGCAAGGAUGUCGCCAUGACGGAUGGAGAGGACAGUACUGUGUCUAUCCAGAUCAGGCUGGAAAAUGAGGGCAGUGAUGAGGAGUUGGAGACAGACAUGUUGUACAGCCCUCAGCUGGCCCUGAAACUGGCCCUCACAGAGUGGCUGGGGGAGUUUUUAGUGCCUCACCAGUACAACAGUCGCCAGGUACCCCAUAGCGGAGCUAAGAGUUCAGCUAUUAACGUGUCAUCACUAGGCGCCUCCUCCCUCUGCGCUGGUACUACAGUGUUCCAGCAGCCCAUCAUGGCCCCCACAGGUGCCCCCGACCCCAACAAUCACCCCAUGGCCAAGAGUCUGCAACAACAAGAGGUGGGGGAGGUGGAUGUUGAGAAGAAGGAGUCUGACGAAGAGCCCAUGGAGAUGGUUGUGGAGAAACCGUAUGAGACGGACCCAGAGCCAGACCCUGUAGCCGAGGCUGAAACUGAGACCAAGAACAGCCUGGUCCUUUUUGACAAGAUGGCGGAGGAGCUGAAGCCCAUGGACACAGACAGGGAGGUCCUAGUUCCCGAGUCCAAGUCUCCAGAGGAGGACAUUGACAUGGCCCCCAUGCAGACAGACGAACAGCUCAAACAGGAUGUUUUUGUGCUUGGUCCCAAUGAGAAGGUAUUGUACACUGCAGAGUCUCUUUCUUUGGAGGACCUGACCCUGCUGGCUGAGCUCUUCUACCUGCCCUAUGAGUACGGACCCAAGGCCCUGCACAUGCUCAAGGAGUUCAAUUGGCUACGGGCUAACUGCAGCACCGUCGGUGUCGACUGCAAGGACAAGGAGCCAGAGAAGGUAGUGGAGUGGCAGUCCCGGGCGGAGAGGUUUGAGGAGAUGUGUUGCUCGGUCAUCCAGAUGUUCACCAGGCUGUCGAACUCAGCCAACCGCACCAUCCUCUAUGACCUCUACCCCUACAUCUGGGACAUCAAGAGCAUCAUGUCCAUGGUCAAGUCCUUUGUCCAGUGGCUAGGGUGCCGUAGUCAGGCCACUGCACAGUUCCUUAGUGGAGACCAAGAGCCUUGGGCCUUUAGGGGCGGUCUAGCAGGAGAGUUCCAGAGAUUUUUGCCGAUCGACGGGGCAAACGAUCUUUUCUUCCAGCCUCCCCCCGCACUGCCAACAUCCAAAAUCUAUUCCAUCAGGCCCUGCUAUCCUAAAGAUGAGCAUGCAGUGUAUAAAAUCUGCAGAGAGAUGUACUCUGAAGGAGUGGAGGAACUGCCCUUCGGUGGAGAGGAGCCAGACCUCAUAGGAGACAGGUUAGUAGGAGGGUUCCUGAACCUGAGUCCAGACUAUGGGUUUGUCCUGGAGGAUGAGGAGGGGAUCUGUGGUUACGCGCUGGGCACCGUGGACGUCAAGCCCUUCGUCAAGAAGUGUAAGAUGAGCUGGAUCCCCUCCAUGCAGGAGAAAUACAACAAGCCUGACUGCCAGAAGGACCUCUCUGAUGCUGAGAAGAUGAUGUUGAGUUUCCACGAGGAGGAGGAGGGCCUCCCAGAGUCGUUCCUCUCCAACUUCCCUUCCCUCAUUAAGAUGGACAUCCAUGCCAAGGUCAUCGAUCCCAGCGUGGCCAAGAGCAUGAUGGGAUGCCUGCUUUCCUGCCUCAAGGCCAACGGUUCCAUCGGUGCGUUCUGUGAGGUGCGUCAGGCGGACAAGAGGAUGAUAGACUUCUACAGUAAGCUGGGCUGCUUCGAGGUCGCCAAGAUGGAGGGCUUCCCCAAAAACAUCAUCAUCAUGGGCCGCAGCCUCUGAGGACAAUGACGGCAUCACAGGGCGCCGCUUCUGAGACAGCCUGGCUAGCCAAGCAACCACGGAGCUGUGUAGAGAGCUCCGGUCAUCUGGGCCUAAGGAUAACUGUCUGUUACUUUUACAUACCUACCGAUACUUGACGAUUUUAUACUUCAACCACCUGGACUAGACGAGGCUAGAGGCAUCCCUGUUUUUAGAUAGUGAUCAGAAAUAAGACAGCCUGUACAGAUUCACUGUGCUGCCGCUAGAGGCCCAGAGCUCUGCCGGGAAUGAAGCGGAAUCCAAAACUGUAAAGAGCCAAAGUAGUCGUCUGCAGCCCUGUAAAGCCGUGUGUGUUUAUGGUGGACGGUGUCCCCUCUUGUCAUUGGUCUCCACCAGUGGAGUGGCAGUGACUGAUCCCCAUGCGGCUCUAUGAUGUAGGAGCUGGUCAGGUGCCAUCUACUCCCGUUAGCCGUUCAGACCAUGUGACCUGACUGUCAGCGGCCGAAUGGGGGUCUGUGUCUGUCUCUCACAGACAGAUGGUCAGGGGGUGUAUUUAGAUACUACUGCAUCUCAAGCUGCACUCUCUUCUCAAUGUAACACAUCAUUUUUGUCUGGUGGAAGGUAGUGCAGUGUAUACAGAAUAGGGAGUGGUUUGAGAUUUGGCCGUAUAUCCUGACGUAUAUCCUGGGGGGGGGGGGUUAGGGAAAAGGGGCCUUUGAACAGGUGGUCCCUGUAGCUUACAGAGUAAAGAGCGGUUUAUGCUUCCACCUAUACUGUAGUUUAACUCCCGAGUGGAAAAACAUUUCUCUUUGUGGUGCGUUACAGGUUCCUCAAUAGUUUGCGUAAGUGACAUACACGCAGAGGAAAGCAUACGUUUGAGUGUUCGAGGAAACUUACGGAGACUUUAGUAACGAGAGUGUUAUUUUCUGGAAAACCCACCUGAGUAGAAAUGAAUAACCUUGAAGAGAGGAAGAUGUGGAAUUGGUCACGUAUGUUUCCACUCACUAAAAAACAUGGUUCUCAGUCUUUUUCCCUUAACUCUUUGCUUUUGGCCAUGCUUUUUUACAGUGCUUUUUUUUCUGUUUUCUGUAUUGCCUUUCAAUAGGAUUUUUGUACCUGUGGAGAUCUCCAAGGGGCCUAUUGCACUGUACUGUAGAUCACCGAUGGUUAUCAUGCACACUUAUCUACUGUCAAUCCACCUGACAAAUACAUAAGGGGACAUGAGAAUGGGUGCGUUCAUUUUAGCUUGCCCGGUGCCCUGGAUGGUCUAAAAUGGGCAAACCACCAUCCCGCUGCACGCUAAAACGAACGCACCUUGCCUCAAAGGUGGGCCAUCCGAUCGAAAACGUCUCUCGGUUUUUGUCACUAAUCCAGUGCUCUGGCUCUUAAACCAAGAGAGAUGAGCCUAAUCUCAAUCGUUUUCUAAUUGUGAAAAUAGGACGAGACAAGUUUAGACGCUUCAGCACUCCCUCUAUAAUACAGCGGCUCUAUUUCUCAACUUCCACGAGAUGCGGUGCGGAUCAUUUACCACUAACCAGCUUCUUUUCCAGGAGGACAGAACGUUCCGUUAGAAAGAUACUAUGUAGAACAGGUGUGAUCCCAAUGCCAAGCAGAAUGAGGAACCACGUUGGCUUGUGUACGCCACAUGUCCAUCUGCAACGUCAUACAACAUCGCCCGCACUUGAAUGUCAAGCUGCUGAGAGGCUGCUCUUCUCCUGGUUAGGACACCACCUACAUAGACACGUCAAUUCAAACAUGCUUUUUAAAGGAAUACCUUGUUACCUGAUUUUUUUGUCUUUUGCCAGCCUGAAUGUUUAUGAUGAGUCUAAACAUCGAGCUAGUUAGAUUGCAGUCCUUUUAGUCUGCUUUAUUCAUCCAACUCAUCACCCUCUGGACUAGUAUUCUGUGGUGGACAAGUACGUACGUUUCCCAGAGAGAAUAGCAACAUGUAUCCUAGUUGUCCACUGGUAUUAAAUGAUUUACUUUUCCUUAAGUGUGUGUGUUAUAUAACAGACAUUUUGUCAUUGCUUGUGCUAUCGUGAACUUUUGCUCUUCUUUUUUUUUCUGCAUCUGCUGAUUUUAUGUUUAGCUGCAAUUUGAAAGGGCGUCAAUUAUAGGCCUACAUUGAUGAUGCAUACAUUGUUCGUUUUUUUUUGGUGGGGAGGAGUUUAUUGAUAAAAAUGGUAUACUUUGUAUGUGAAAGAAAUUGUUGUUAAUAAACAUUAACUCAUGAAAAGGUGAUAUAACUGGGUGUCGAGUUAAGUAAUCAUAUCAGGAAACAGCUGCAACAAUGUAACAGUUAUUACCGUGCAUUAGAAAAUUAUUGGUUUGGAAUCGUCUAUCAAUCUGAUCUUACUCUAUAGCACUUUUUUUGUCACAAGGUGCUUCACAGGCACAGCAACCAAUGAUGGCAAUGGCAAUCGUUCAUAUGUUUGAAAGGUGUGAUUGACAAUAGUAGGUUCAAGGAUGCUCUCGUAAGAACGGAGCGGCGUGCCAACACCAACGUAGGUACUCUCCAAUCAAGAGAGCACUUGAGGUGCACUGAAACAGCUGCAAUAAUGUAACUGUUAUUACCGUGCAUUAGCAAAUUAUUCAGACCCCUUGACUUUUUCCACAUUUUGUUACGUUAGCCUUAUUCUAAAAUCCACACAAUACCCCAUAAUGACAGAGCAAAAUCUGUUUUUUUAGAAAUGUUUGCAAAAAAAAUACUUAACUUAAAUCACAUUUUACUUAAGUAUUCACACCCUUUUCUCAGUACUUUGUUGAAACGCCUUUGGCAGCGAUUACAGCCUCGAGUCUUCUUGGAUAUGAUGCUACAAGCUUGGCGCACCUGUAUUUGGGGGGGUUUCUCCCAUUCUUCUCUGUAGAUCCUCAAGCUCUGUCCGGUUAGAUUCGGAGUGUUGCUGCACAGCUAUUUUCAGGUCUCUCGAGAGAUGUUCGAUCAGGUUCAAGUCUGAGUUCUGGCUGGGCCACUCAAGGACAUUUAGAGACUUGUCCUGAAGCCAUGCCUGCGUUGUCUUGGCUGUGUGCUUAGGGUCGUUGUCCUGUUGGAAAGUGAACAUUCACCCCAGUCUGAGAUCCUGAGUGCUCUGCCUGAGUGCUCUGUAGAAGGUUUUCAUCGGGAUUUCUCUGUACUUUGCUCCGUUCAUCUUUCCCUCGAUCCUGACUAGUCUCCCAGUCCCUGCCGCUGAAAAACAUCCCCACAGCAUAAUGCUGCCACCAUGCUUCACCGUAGGGAUGGUGCCAGGUUUCCUCCAGACGUGACGCUUGGUGUUCAGGUCAGAGUUCAAUCUUGAUUUCAUCAGACCAGAGAAACUUGUUUCUCAUUGUCAGAGUCCUUUAGGUGUCUUUUGGCAAACUCCAAGUGGGCUGUCAUGAACCUUUUACUGAGCAGUUGCUUCCAUCUGGCCACUCUACUAUGAAGGCCUGAUUGGUGGAGUGCUGCAGAGAUGGUUGUCCUGGAAGAUUCUCCCUUCUCCUCUUCUCUGUCAGAGUGACCUUCGGCUUCUUGGUCACCUCCCUGACCAAGGCCCUUCUCUGAUUGUUCAGUUUGGCCGGGCAGCUACCUCUAGGAAUUGUCUUGGUGGUUCCAAACUUCUUCCAUUUAAGAAUGAUGGAGGCCACUGUGUUCUUGGGGACCUUCAAUGCUGCAGAAAUGUUUUGGUACCCUUCCUCAGAUCUGUGCCUCGACACAAUCCUGUCUCGGAGCUCUACAGACAAUUCCUUGGACCUCAUGUCUUGGUUUUUGCUCUGACGUGCACUGUCAACUGUGGGACCUUAUAUAGACAGGUGUGUGCUUUUCCAAGUCAUGUCCAAUCAAUUGAAUGUACCACAGGUGGACUCCAAUCAAAUUGUAGAAACAUCUCAAGGAUGAUCAAUGGAAACAGGAUGCACCUAAACUCAAUUUAGCGUCUCAUAACAAAGGGUGUGAAUACUUAUGUAGAUAAGGUAUUUGUUUUUUUAUUUGUAAUAAAUUAGCAAACGUAUCUAAACCUGUUCACUUUGUCAUUAUGGAGUAUUGUGUGUAGAUUUAUUUUUAUUUUUAAUCCAUACUUUCCAACUUUCCGUUUCCCAGAUCAUUAAUAAAAUGGAGAACAACACAGGAGCUAAAAUGGAGCCCUGGGGCACACCUCUUUUAAUCUCAAUAAAGCUAGACUUGUGAUUCUCAGCAUACUGUAUACAAAUUGUGUUCUGUCAAAGAUGGUUCCUAAACAAAUGUAUCGCCCAUUCACUGAGACCAAUGUUACUGAGUCUAGCUAGCAACAAUUCAUGGUCAAAUGAAUCAAAUGCAUUUGAUAAAUCAACAAACAGAGCAGCACAAUGUUGCUUUUUAUCAAGUGUAGUUGUCAUUUGACACGGGCACAGCACCACAACUGUAGCUAUGGCGAUCUAAAGCCAGACUAAACCCCACUCAGUGUGUUCUUUUCAAUGAAGACGUUUAACUGAGUUCACUAGGGAUUCAUAGACUUUGGCCAGGAUAGGGAGUUUGGAGAUGGGAUGAUAGUUAUUAGCGUCUGAGGGAUCUCCACCCCUUUUAGUAGUGGGAGGAUAUAAGCCUAUUUCCAAAUGCUGGGUAUGGAAUUGGUCAAGAGACUCAAGUCAAAUGUGAGCCACAGGUUCAGUAAUAAUACCAGUUGCUAUAUUUAAUGCAGACACGGGGAAGAAACUGAGGAAGUGACAGAUAUAGGGGAGGCAAUCAAUAAAGUAAUGGAGUCCACGUGAGUCCCUUGAAGCGCUGAUGAGCAUAACGAUGCUGACAGGUGUGCGUAAUGAUGGGCCGCCUGGCUUCCCUCGAGGACCGGAGAGGGGGAGCGGGCGCAGGCGUGACACUUGGUGGUUCCAAAUUUCCUCCAUUUAAGAAUGAUGGAGGCCAAUGUGUUCUUGGGGACCUUCAAUUCUGCAGAAAUUUGUUGGUACCCUUCCCCAGAUCUGUGCUUCGUCACAAUCCUGUCUCGGAGCUCUACGGACAGUUCUUUUGACCACAUAUGCUGAGCACUUGUUGGCUGCUUUUCCUUCACUCUGCGGUCCAACUCAUCCCUAACCAUCUGAAUUGGGUUGAGGUCAGGUGAUUUUGGAGGCCAGGUCAUCUGAUGCAGCACUCCAUCACUCUCCUUCUUAAUAAAAUAGCCCUUACACAGCCUGGAGGUGUGUUGGGUCAUUGUCCUGUUGAAAAACAAAUGCCCGCAAAACCCAAACCAGAUGGGAUUGCGUAACGCUGUGGUAGCCAUGCUCAUUAAGUGUGCCUUGAAUUCUAAAUAAAUCACAGACAGUGUCACCAGCAAAGCAUCCCCACACCAACACACCUCCUCCUCCAUGCUUCACAGUGGGAACCACACAUGCAGAGAUCAUCCGUUCACCUACUCUGCAUCUCACAAAGACAUGACGAUAGGAACCAAAACUCUCAAAUUUGAUCUCAUCAGACCAAAGGACAGAUUUCCACCGGUCUAAUGUCCAUUGCUCGUGUUUGUUGGCCCAAACAAGUCUCUUCUUAUUAUUGGUGUCCUUUCAUAGUGAAUUAUUUGCAGAAUUUUGACCACGGAGGCCUGAUUCCCGCAGUCCCUUCUGAACAGUUGAUGUUGAGAUGUGUCUGUUACUUGAACUCUGUAAAGCAAUGGACAUUAGACCGGUGGAAAUCUGUCAGAUGACCAACAUAAUCACCCAAUUGAGAUGGUUUGGGAUGAGUUGGACCGCAGAGUGAAGGAAAAGCAGGCAAGUGCUCAGCAUAUUUGGGAACUCCUACAAGACUGUUGGAAAAGCAUUCCAGGUAAAGCUGAUUGAGAGAAUGCCAAGAGUGUGCAAAGCUGUCAUCAAGGCAAAGGGUGGCUACCUUGAAGA